UCCGCCGUGCAACGGCGUCUCGUGUCGCAGCCGUCACGUGUUUGCAGUCACCGAAGGUAGGGUAUGUGAAAUAACGCUUGAACGCGUACAUACGUCAGUAGCAGGAUAAUAGACACAACGUUAACUGAACAUCGAGCAACUAGUGUCCCCAAAACAAGAAACAGAACAAUUAAAAAUUCGUGAUUCGAACGACGGUGGUUCACAAGAUUGACAAGGACAAUUUUGAAGCAAGUGCAAGCGUAUACAAUUGUCUUCCGAGGGUGUACCAUGCCAAAGGAGUACAGGAAUUAGGACGACAAAAGCAGCCAACGUCGACCUGGAACUGUCAUGGAACGGCUUUCAAGAGUGGCGUGUUAUUUCCAAUGGAUGAGAAACGCGACAUUUCGUGAUACAAGUGAGGUGACCGCUGAGGACAAGCGCGAAACAAUCGAGGUUGAACGGUAUCGGAAUGUUGGAUGCAAUUUUGACGCUUCGAGACGAUUCUGUGGUAUUUUGGAAAGUAUUCUGCUUUGGGAGAAUUCGGUGAACAGUAUUUCCGUCGUUAUCGUAUUCAACAUACUGUUUUGGGGUAUUAUUGUACUAGAGGUUCGUGGCUUUGCUGCAGCCAGCAGUGCUGCUCUGGUCAUUGUCCUUUGUUAUAGUACUUUAGAAGCCCAAGUACAAAGGGAGAAUAAACCAGUGGAUACUGCUGUAUCAUAUGCAAAAGCAGAACAAAUAGAAAGAAUAGGAAGAAAAGUAAAAUCUGCAAUUCAUAGUUUGAAGCAAUUAAAAAAGGAGCAACCAGGAGUGUUUUGUAGUGCUAUAUGUUCUCUGUCUUUGGGCCUAUGGAUUAUUGGACGUACUAUAAAUGGAGUACUUCUUGCAUAUACAAUAUGUAUGAGCAUUUUACUUGGACCUGCAUUGUUGUUAAAGCUACCUAAUAGAAUAUCACAUAAAGAAUGGGAUAGUGAAAUUGAAGAAUUUUUACCAGCAGUAACUGAGGAUAAUCUUCAAGUUCUUACAAGAGCAGGAGAAUCUGGGGAUCAAUCUCCAACACCAACCAGUGUAUUAUCUGAUGCUCAAAAUGAAUUUUUUAAUGAUGAAGAGCUUAUUGGUUUAAAAAUGCCAUCACACGAAGAUGGGAGCACUGAUGGUUUAGAGGUUUCUGAAUUAGAGCUCAGUGCUGAAGAAAAUGAUGUGGAUGGUAUUAAAUUUCAAAGCACUCAUUUUGAAAAAGGAUCAUCUUCCGAAGAAGAAGCAGAGCUUGAACCUGUAUCGCGAAAAUUAGUUAGUAAUAGUGACGAGAGUGGUAGCGAAUUCGAAAUAAUUGACAGUCAAGAAAUUGAUAAGUUAGAUCUUGCAUAAGACUCACAGGUAUGUGAACUGUGAAGUUAUUGUUAUGCAGAGUAGAAUUAAAAGGAAAAUUGAUGAUUAAACGAUGAAAAACUAAUAAUUAAAUAUAUAUUAACAAGAUAAUUUAAGGAAAUUAUUUACUUAGUUCAGAUUUGAACUACCUGCUUCAGUUCAUGAAUAUUUACGUAAAAUUGAUUGAACUAUUCUCUUAAAAAAAAAUUGAAAAAUAUCUUAGAAUUAUAUUGAAAUUUUAAAUAUUUUAAAAAAUGUGGCAACAAAAACGAAAUUUUUUAAUUUCUUAUAAAUGAUAACUUGUUAAUAAUUAUAUUAGUGUACGUUUAAAGUAUAUAUGUGAAAUUGUACAUGCUUAUUAUAUACAACAAAGAAAAUCAUCUUAAUUCUUAUUUUUGUGGAAAUAUAAGCAAUUCUUCGUGUACAUAAAAAUUUGAACUAAAAGAUAUCGAAAAAGGAAACGAAUAAAUAAAUUUUUAUCAGUUUAAAUAUUAUUUUGACCUUUAUGGUCAAAAAUAGCUUUGUAUAUACGUAUCAGAUUCAGGAAAAUACUUAGCUGUAAAUUAUAAUUAAGGAAUUAGGAAUUACAAUGUUCAUUAUGCAGCAGGUAGGAGAUGGAUAAAUAUGAUAGUAAGUAUUUGCUCUGGUUUUAAGAUUGCAAAACUUAUUCAUAAAGAGAAUAAUUUAAUUUAUCACAAAAUAAUAUUUUGUAAAUAAUAUGAUUUGAUUUAGUUUAAUUCAAAGGAAGUACUAAACAUAGCAUAACCUGCUUUAUUAAUUACAGAGAUCUCAUAAUGAAACUUCGUCUAGAGUUCAAAUGAUAAAAGUUGAUCAUAUCACUUUUAAAGAGACUUUGUAAUGAUUUAUCAAUAAGUAAAAGUAAUUUCUUUAUGAAGUGUGAAAAUUUCAAUGAUACAAUUGUACCAUUUUAAAAUUAAUUUAAAUGAUUUUAAUUUGUUUUAGAACUACUAUAAAAAAAUGAUAUCACUUAUGUAAAUAGUUUUAUCGAUAAUACAUGUAUAGAGUCGUCUACGAAUCAAAUAUGACGAUUUUUUAGACACUUUUGAUGGUUUGGCGAAAAAAAUGUUUCAAAUAAAAAUUCUAUGGUUUAUAGCAAAGAAUGGAUUGCGGUAUCGAAAAUUUCGACAUUGUUUUA